AUGGUUUCUGCUGUAGGUGUCCAUGCGAGAUCAUGGUGUGCCUACCACAAGCGCAGAUUUCCGCGCAUUGAUAUUGAACUCGAUUAUGAGAUUCUGGGCAAGAUGCCGCGCUAUACAACAGGAGACACGGUUCGUGGAGCCAUAAAAAUAUCCGGAAGUAGCGCAGUCAGCUUUGACAAACUAGACAUCAAACUGGAGGGUGUUAGCAUGGUUCUGGCUGCACGCGACGGGCUGCUCAUCCUACGAGGAGCUUCCCAGAAAUUUCUUCAGCUUCACCACCCAUUCGAGCCGUCCGCUGAUUCGACUCACGUUAUGCCUGAUCACCCUUACAACAUCCGCUUCGAGUUCGCCAUACCCCCGUGCCUCCUUCCCGAUGUCUGUGUCCAGGAGAAGAAGAACCCCUCUGUUGAACGCUCCCACACCCUUCUCCCGCCGUCCCUCCACAAUGAGUUAGGCAAGAGGUCAUCGGAAGCAUGUUGCAUCACUUACCAUAUUUGCGUUGAUAUCCUGCGAAGACGACAAGACGGGCUGCUGGAAUCCCUGGGGCGUGCUAAGAAACGGAUCACCAUCACACCAGAUAGCAACGAGAAUCCACCGAUGCUUCUGGAGCCCAAUAUCCCACACCCGCAGUAUCGCAUUUGCCAGGAAAAGACCGUCAAGGCAGGCGCCGCUCGCCGGGAUAUUGGACGUCUAGUCGUCGCCGCAUCACAGCCAACACCCAUAUGUCUAGGCACACCUGCCCGUGGGAGCCUGGGGUCGAAGACCACAGUGUACCUCCGGUUUGAUCCCCUUGGUGACAAUCCGCCCCCAGCACUCCAUUGUGUCUCCACCAAACUCCGCGUCGCAACAUACUAUUCCGUUUCUCACUUCGAUGAAUAUCCAGACAUGUUACCUGAAUCCAAACGGAAGGCGUCGAAUAUCGGCCUUAAUCGGAAAACAGUUGCUCUGCAGGAACUCUGCAUAUCAUCUGUUCAAUGGACGCGGCAUACCACCGGACUCGAUGACAACUUGCCUGACACUUCUACAGUGCACUCAUCUCCCGAGUCGCCGGCCUCAUUGCGUCAAGAGACUUACUACUCAGCCGCCGUGGUGGUCCCUCUUACUUUGCCGGACAGAACACCCUUCAUUCCCACUUUCCACUCAUGUCUGAUAUCUCGCGUGUACGCUGUCCAGAUCGAUGCAUCCUACCGCGCUCGGGAUCGAAGCGUGCGAAAGUCAACUGUCUCCCUCCGAAUUCCGAUCCAGCUCAUCAACCGGCAGAUAUCUUCCCGAGACGAUGGAGAUGCGCCGCUCUAG